AUGAUGAACAAACCCUUUGGAAAAAGCGACGAUAUGAGUGAGCUGGUGGAUUCCCUGGGCUGGCUGGAUGAGGAUGGCAGUUCACAGGACGGAGAUGAAAGCCCAGACAAUCACAGCUUGAUUGGCGGGGGUCGGAUCCGCUCCUGCACAGAACUGGGCAGCGAGGAUAUGGAGGAAGAGGAAGAAGAGGAGGACGACGAGCAGGAGGUUGGACCGAACGGAGAAAAGGGUCCCAAAAGGAGAGGCCCCAAGAGGAAGAAGAUGACCAAAGCCAGACAGGAGAGGUUUCGCGUCCGGCGGAUCAAGGCCAAUGCCAGAGAACGCUCCCGUAUGCACGGGCUAAACGACGCUCUGGAUAAUCUCCGCAGAGUGAUGCCCUGCUACUCCAAAACGCAGAAGCUGUCAAAGAUUGAGACUCUGAGACUCGCCCGCAAUUACAUCUGGGCCCUGUCUGAAGUGCUUGAGAGCGGUCAGUCCCCUGAAAGUCACGGCUUUGUGGAGAUGCUGUGCAAAGGCCUGUCUCAGCCCACCAGUAACCUCGUAGCUGGCUGCCUGCAGCUGGGACCCACGCCAGUGAUUCUGAACAAUCUCGAGGACAAGUGCGGAGGCCCAGGAGUGGGCAGCGUGGUGGCUGGACAUCCCCUCAGUUACCCGUCCCCUGGCCUUCCGAGCCCACCGUACGGCUCGCUGGAGGCAUCCCACCUCCUCCACAUGAAGGGAUUAAAGGGGCCUGUGUAUGACAACCCCUCCCCUAACGAGUGCAGCAGCGGCACCCCUCCAUACGACGGGCCCCUCACUCCCCCCCUCAGCAUCAACAGUAACUUUGCCCUGAAGCAGGAGCCUUCUCCACACGAACCAGAGAGAAACUACACAACCCACUCCGGACAUCAUGCCCACUACCUCUCCUCCCACCAUUAUCCCACUUCCACGACCGGCAGCCUAACAGGGGGGCCUCAGACCCACCCAAUAUUCCAGGCCUCUCGUUACGACCUGCCCCUGGAAGUGGCCUUUGACUCCUUCACUCACGCUCACCUCGUCAACUCUCAGAUGGGCGCCAUCUGA